CCACCUGGCUCUGCCUCCCAAGUGCUGGGAUUAAAGGCGUGCGCCACCACCACCAGGCCUUCUUGGAGCUUUUUAUACUCCUUUUUCUCCUGUGAAUUCUGGGUUGAUAAUGGGAUUUGGGGCUAUGAAGUUUUUGUCCUUUUUGCACAUAUUUUUCUGAGUUCAGGAAAGAAAUAAGAUGUCUAUGGUGACAUCAGAGAAUUGCAACUCUGGGGUGUGUGUGUGUGUGUGUGUGUGUGUGUGUGUGUGUGUGUGUGUCAGAAUUUUAGUUGUAUAUUUAUGUAUCAGAACAUUUCUACUUUUUUUGUGUAAGUUUUUGAAGUCAGAUGAUGUUCAGGUGGCUCAGUGCUAGCUGAGUUGAUGAUUUAGGUGUGUCCAUGUAUGGACUGGUAAUGGAUAUGAGCUAGACAGGUACAGGGGUGCAGGUUGGUCAGGGCUGGGUUAAUGGGGCUGGCAGGAUUCCAGUUGGCAUCUUUGGUUACUUCCCAUAUGCCAGAGGCUUCCCUGGGUAUUGGGCAUUUUAGAAUGCUGGGUGCCAGAUGGAACCUCGGAACCUCUUGUAGAGAUCGGGAAGGGCAACUGCAAGGAUACAUAGUGUCAGGCAGCAGGAUACAGAAGAACCUGGUGGUAUGUGUGGUUGGAAGUCUCAGGGCCAAGACACAUCUUUAUGGAGCUGCUCUGUGAAGUUACUGCUGAUAGACCUGUCUGCCCCAAGGUGUCAAGUUCAUGUUGCAGGCGUGGCUGUGGCAGGUUCACGUGUUUUUCAGGAGGAAGAGUUUCUGGGGAAGGAUGGCAUGGAGAUCUCAGACAGUGGACACAAGACUGUAGGAUGGCCUGAGCUAUGGCAGUGGAGAGGGGUGAGGCUGGACUGGAGUUUGCCAUGUCUUGAUCGUCAAGGAGGUGUCCCAGGCCUAAGAGACUUGCAGCUUCUUUGCAAAGGGAGAAAGAAGUGACCACAGUGACCGUGGCAAACGUGGGGUCCUCUGCAGAUAACGUCUUCACGACCUCAGUGGCAAACGCAGCAUCGAUAUCAGGACAUGUCUUGUCUGGUAGGACAGCCCUGCAGAUCGGGGACAGCCUGAACACCGAGAAAGCCACGCUAAUAGUUGUCCACACAGAUGGGAGCAUUGUGGAGACCACUGGGCUGAAGGGCCCAGCAGCACCUCUCACCCCAGGUCCUCAGUCCCCUCCUACCCCACUGGCACCUGGCCAGGAGAAAGGUGGCACCAAGUACAACUGGGACCCUUCCGUGUAUGACAGUGAGCUGCCCGUGCGCUGUCGGAACAUCAGUGGCACUCUCUACAAGAGCAGGCUCGGCUCAGGUGGGCGGGGUCGGUGUAUCAAGCAGGGAGAGAACUGGUACAGCCCAACAGAGUUUGAGGCCAUGGCAGGAAGAGCCAGUAGCAAGGACUGGAAGAGAAGCAUCCGCUAUGCGGGCAGACCCCUGCAGUGCCUCAUCCAGGAUGGUAUUUUGAACCCCCACGCUGCCUCCUGUACCUGCGCUGCCUGUUGUGACGACAUGACUCUCAGUGGCCCAGUCAGGCUCUUCGUCCCUUACAAAAGGCGCAAGAAAGAGAAUGAGCUGCCCACAACUCCAGUUAAGAAGGAUUCCCCCAAGAACAUCACGCUGCUUCCUGCCACGGCGGCCACCACCUUCACUGUGACACCCUCAGGACAGAUCACUACCUCUGGAGCACUAACCUUUGACCGAGCAUCCACUGUAGAGGCUACUGCUGUCAUCUCUGAGAGCCCAGCCCAAGGUGAUGUCUUUGCAGGAGCGACAGUGCAAGAGGCAGGUGUGCAGCCCCCCUGCAGGGUUGGCCAUCCUGAACCCCACUAUCCUGGCUAUCAGGACAGCUGCCAGAUUGCCCCGUUUCCAGAAGCUGCAUUGCCAACAUCACAUCCCAAAAUCGUCCUGACAUCCCUGCCUGCCUUGGCUGUGCCACCCUCCACCCCCACCAAAGCUGUCUCUCCCACGGUGGUCAGUGGGCUGGAGAUGUCAGACCAGCGGAGCUGGCUGUACCUGGAAGAGAUGGUCAACUCCUUGCUCAGCACAGCCCAGCAGCUGAAGACGCUGUUUGAACAAGCCAAGCAGGCGAGCUCUUGCAGGGAGGCCGCGGUGACCCAGGCGAGAAUGCAGGUUGACGCCGAGCGGAAAGAGCAGUCCUGUGUCAACUGUGGCCGGGAGGCCAUGAGCGAGUGUACCGGAUGCCACAAGGUCAACUACUGCUCCACAUUCUGCCAGCGCAAGGACUGGAAAGACCAUCAGCAUGUCUGUGGCCAGUCAACAUCUGUCACUGUCCAGGCUGAUGAAGUCCAUGUUGAAGAAAGUGUAAUAGAAAAAGUUGCUGUUUGAGCCAAGCCUCUCCCUGCUCUACUGCGAGGCCAUCACAGGCUUAGGCCCUCUGAUGACUAUGGGGGCUGCUGAGAAGUGAGGCCGUGGGAAACUUGCCGGACAAGUUACUAACAAACAGACUCUGCCCUUUGAAAGGAACUCCUGCCAGAGACCAAGGAAUGCUGGUGGGUUCAGAACGGGCCCCUGCCACAGCCCAGGGCCUCUGGCCUAUUGUGGUGCUCUUUCAUCCCUGGAUCACGAGUGUCCCGUUACCCGUGGGGGUGCCCUACGCCACGUGUACAUAUCUGUUUUAUCUGUUAAUAAAGUUGUAAAUAAAGCCCCCA